AUGUCUGUAACCGUGGAAGGUGUCGAAGAAAGAGUUGAAGAAACAAAUGGUUGUGCUGAUAAAGAUGAGAACGUUAUUGAGGUAAGCACCACAGUUAGGUUCCAGCUUGUUCUAUGCUUACUUACCUUUCAGGUUGACAAGGAUGCCAUAUCACUAGACCUGACCCGAACUCGUCUUAUGAAAAUUGAGGGAUUUGAAUUCCUCCGCAAAAUCCAAUCUCUCUGCCUUCGAUGGAAUUUGCUCAAGAAAAUUGAAGCGCUCACGAAACUCAAAACACUUUAUCUUGUCCACAACAAGAUCAUGAAGAUUGAAGGUCUUGAACAGGUAUGUUAAUU